AUGGGUUUUGAUUUGUUUGGCCAUUAACCUGUUUUGACCAUUAAGGGCGAAGGCUAGUCAAGAUCUAUUAUUGGAACUUUAGUUAGUCUGAUGGUUUACGUGGUAUUCUUGGCUUACACCUACUAAUAACUGAUUUUACUCAUAUACAAUGGUGACCCCACCAUCUAAAUUUCAGAAACACUAAGAGACAUGGAUGAUUUAUCUUCCUUCUCACCAAAGGAGGCUGGAUUUGAUUUUGCAUUUUCACUUAAGAGAGAUCUUGAUCCAUCCAUUGCUUAUUUCGAUGUAAAAUAGAUCAGAGAAUAUUAUCUUGCGAAUGGCACAAAGCUAAAUGAAACAAAGAAUAUGACUAUCUAGAAAUGUAAUGCUGAGUAGUUCAAUUAUUAAAAUAAGACUUAGCUAAAAUCAAUUAAAUUGGAUGAAAAUUACUAUUGCUUAAAUGAGGGAGAGGAAUAUUCUGUUACUGGGAAUAAUCUAAGUCCCGAGUUUGUCUAUUUAUAAUUAAGAUUGCUCAGAUGUCAAAACGGGGUAUAUCUACCAUCUAGUUAUCCAACUUCAUCUUCACCUUCAAAUGUUACAUCAUCUCCAACUAAAACAAUAAUCGGUCCUUUAGGAUAAACAUUUUAAUCUUAAUUAACAAGCGCAUCUGAUCUUAGUAGCCUUAAAUGUAGCCCUAAUGUGGUUCUAGAUGCGAUUCUUAACAAUUAAAAAUUCUAUUUUGUCUUUGUAAAUAAGAACUUUGUGCCCAGUAGCAUCGAUGAGCCAAUCAAUUCGUUCUUAGAUGAUUCUAUUUAUUAUGAUAUGGAAUCUGGCAAGAAUAAAAAGGCCGAUUUGCUGGUAAAGUAGCAAGCCGCAGAAUUACUAGAUGAUGUUUGGUAAAUAACUCCACCUAAAGAAAUUGAAUUUCCACAAGUGUCUAAUAUCAGGUUUUAUGAGCAAACUGUAUCAAGUAAUGACCCAAAUGUUAUAACCAUAAAUAUAAAGUUAGAUAAAGCUUAAACUACUUACGCAAGAACAGCUUAUUCAGUUUUAAAUUUUCUUGGUGAUAUUGGUGGUCUUUAAGGCAUCCUGUUCCUUAUAGGAUUUUAUAUAGCGAGCUCUAUUUCAGAACAAAUGUAUUAUAAACAAAUAAUUGAAGAAACAAUUUAAGUCAAAGAUAAAGUACCUAAAUAAAAGCAGAAGAAUAAAAGCAAAGUCAAGCCAAUGGCAAGUACCACUCAUCAUGCAAUAAGCAAUUGUGAAAGUAAUAAUACUACAAUUAAGGUAAUUGAGUAAUCAAAUGGUGUCUAAGAUAUUAUCAACUCAAAACCAAAAAGAAGCUUAUGUUUUAAGAGUAAAAAGAAAGAGAAAGUAAUCUACUUUAAUUAAGAUCUGAAGUAGCUAUCAAGCCAUCAAAACUAAUUUUAAAACCAAGAAGAUGACGAUGAAAAAAUAACGAUGAUUAGCUAAAGAGAGCUGCUUAAAAAAAUAAGCAAUUCACUAACCUCUAAUAUCCUCAAUACUUUUCAUGAGAUUAUCUAGAAGUCAAUUUUAAAGAGAUAUAAAUUUACAUACUCUGCUGAUGCUAUAAUUGGAUAUGUGUUCAAGAUUAAUUGUAUAGUUAAAACUAUUUGUUGCUGUUGUAAAAGAUAGAGAAGGGAAAUUAAGUUAUUAACUAAAUCUCAGGACUAGAUCAACAAUGAUUUAUGCGUCAUUAACAUCAUAAAUGGAUUGAAAAAAGUAAAACUUAUGGAAAAGUUACUAUUCAAUAAGUUUUAAAGAACACUUUUGAAGCAUCAAAAAGAUUGGGUAUUAAGCUCUUCUAGUGAAAGUGAACCAGACGUUGAUAAGGAAUUAAUAUAAUGA